AUGCUCUUUAUCAUUGGUCUUAAUAAUUUUUUUCAUAUCAUCUAUGAUACAAGAGUAAUCUUGAUUAUUUGUUUUCAUGUAAGAUAUAAAUUUGUAUUGCAAUAAAUACUUUCUUUGAAUGAUUAUGCAAUUAUUAACAAAAAUUAUUUACUAAAAAAUUAGAAAUAAUUUAUAAAAAAUAGGAAUUUAAUGUUUGUUCCUCCUCCUUAUUAUUAUAAAUAAUUUAAUAGCCCAAAAAGUUUCUCAGCACCUGAUUUAGAGAAAGUUAAAAAACAUGUUGAUGAUUAUUAUUCAUUUGGAAAAUUUUAUUAAGUAUUGAAAUUGAUAAUAAUUAGUUUAAAGAUAUUGAAGCUGAUUAAAUAUAGAUUUUAAAAGAGAAAUUAGCUGAAAAAAAUAUCCAAGGAAAUUUAAAAUAAAAAUUAAAAGAAAUUAGCUAAGAAAUUUUUGAGAUUUGCAUAAAAAUUUAAGAAUCUAUUGCGAAUGUUGAUAAUUAGCAUUUAGAAUUGAGAAAUAAAUUAGAUGAAAAAUAUUAGAAUUUCAAUUUAAUAUGUUAAUUUAUACAUAUGAAAAAAGUAUUUUGAUUAUAUUCUAAUUUAGAAAUACUCAGACUUAGAAGAAAUUUAUAAAAAUGAACUAGUAUAGCUUGAUCAAAUAAAUAAGGAAAUGGAGGUUUAGAUUGAGGAUUUAUCAAAGUAAGUAGAUGAACUUAAUUCUGAUUUUAUAAUACAUUGACAUCUAUUUAUAUGUUAAAAUAUACUGAAAUAAAAUAUGAUUAGAC